AAAGAAAAAUAAAGAAAAUAAAAAAAUAAAGACUGAAUUACCUUGAAGAAAUUUUCUCUCACAUUUUUCUCUUCUCACUCUCUUCCCAGAAGAAAUCCCAAAGAAAAUUCUUCACUCAAACCUCACUUCUUUCUUUAGGGAUUUAUCAGUAUUUUUCCUGUAUUUUUAACCCCCUUUUUUACAGGAAAAAGUUGUUGUUGUACUUUAUAUGUGUAUAUAGAUGUCUGGAAUCUCUGGAUCUGAGUCAGGAAUUAUGUCAGCUGGUAGAGAUUCAUUUGGAGGAGUUCAGAAGAAUCAUCAGAUUCAUAAUUCUCAACCAUCUGGUGGUGGUGGAACAACAUCCAUGAGAUUAGCUUUUAGCUCAGAUGGUACAGCAGUUUACGCACGGAUCAUAUCGAAUUCUCUGACAUACGAACCAAGUGGAGGUGGCGGUAGCGGUGGUCUUGGUGGUGGUGGUGGUGAUAAUUCAGCUAGUAAUAUUUUAAAGUCAGGCCUAAAUAUGAACGUCAGCGGGGGCGAACCUAUGAAGCGAAAACGAGGUAGACCAAGAAAGUAUGGUCCAGAUGGAAGCAUAGCUGGGCAAUUGACUAUAACAGCACCGCCACCACCCGCUCCUACAGGACCAACACCAACUCUUGUUCCAGUUCAACUUCAACCUCCAGUUUCAGUUCAAGCUCCACCUCCACCUCCACCUGGAGUGUCUAAUUCUUCGACCCCGACAUCGCCACCAUCUCCUUCGUCAAUGAAGAAAUCUAGAGGCCGGCCACCGGGUUCCGGGAAGAAGCAUCAGAUGGAUGCCUUAGGAUCUGGAGGAAUUGGAUUUACCCCUCAUGUUAUCGCAGUUAAAGCUGGAGAGGAUGUGUCAUCGAGGAUUAUGUCAUUUGCUCAGAACAGUUCUAGAGCUAUUUGCAUUCUAUCAGCAAAUGGUGCUAUUUCUAAUGUUACAUUGCGGCAGGCGGCAACAUCUGGUGGUACUGUUACUUACGAGGGACGAUUUGAAAUCCUUUCACUAUCUGGAUCAUUUCUGCUAUCAGAGAGUGGAGGUCAGCGCAGCCGAACAGGAGGACUGAGUGUAUCAUUGGCAGGGCCUGAUGGUCGCGUUUUAGGUGGUAGCGUGGCUGGUCUUCUAACUGCUGCAUCCCCUGUUCAGGUGGUGGUGGGUAGUUUUGUCGUGGAUGGGCGUAAAGCAGCAAAGUCCAACCAAUUUGAAUCUAAUUAUGCACCGGCGAAGUCGAACCCAGGUGUUGGUGGGAAUGGAAUGAUGAGUGGUGGUGGUGGUACAGUUGGCAGCCCAACCUCAAAAGGGACUACAAUGAGUGAAUCUUCUGGCGGUGGCCCUGGUAGCCCUCUCAAUCAUAGCACUGGAGCAUGCACCAAUAACAACAACAACAACAACAACAACAACAACAAUCACCAUCACCAUAAUCACAACCUGCAAAGCAUGGCAAAUAUGCCUUGGAAAUAAUAGUCUAAUGUUUUAUGAUGCUUCACCUAAAAAAACACUAAUCUUCAGUACCAACGGUAGUUUAAAGCUUAAUUAGUGUUUAGUGAGUGUUGUUGUAAUUUAUAGCUUAGUUUUAGGUUAGAUCAUGAUUGAUCAGAGGAAAAAGUGAUUGUGCAACUUAAAUUUUAGGAUUUGAAGCAUCUGUAGAAGACCACUUUCUGGGUUUCAAGGGUUGUAGUAGUAAGCUAUAUUAGUUUGUUUAAAUAAGAAAAGAUUAGUUAUUGCUGUUGGAUGUGCA